ACUAUUUCAUUUAGGCAGAGCGAUGGCUAAGAUCCAGAGUUCUGCUUGUGGUAUGUGAAGAGGGGAGGUACCAGAAGGUCUGGGGGGGUAACUACAAGCUUAUUUCUCUGAAAGCCCGCUGUGAACCCUGGUCUUUUGUUCCUUGGUGCUCAGGAUGAGAACAGUGCUACUCAUUGUUUUCCUGCUCCCUGUGCUGACGGUGACGGCAAAUCCAGCACCAGGGAGCAGCGAACUGGUGGUCUCUCUGAAAAAUGGCCAAAUUAGGGGAAAAUAUGUGACUGUAAAAGGCACAGAGAGGAGGGUGAAGCAGUACCUGGGGAUCCCUUUCGCCCGGCCCCCCGUAGGGCCGCUCCGCCUGGCUGCUCCGCAGAGUCCCGAGCCCUGGCAGGAGGAAAGAGACUGCACACGCCAGCCUCCAAUGUGCAUCCAGAACCCAGAUUUAGUUGUAAGUGUCUCCAAAGCCAUGUCCAUUGACUUCGCAGUGCCAGAAGUUUCAGAGGACUGUCUGUAUCUAAAUGUCUACACCCCAGCUGAAGCUACCAGAGGGGAUAAGCUGUCGGUGAUGGUGUGGAUCCACGGAGGAGGUCUGAUGAUGGGGGCCGCCUCCCAGUACGACGGUUCCUCAUUAGCGGCGUAUGAAAACGUUGUGACCGUCAUUAUCCAAUAUCGCCUCGGCAUCUUGGGAUUCUUGAGCACUGGGGAUGAACACGCCAGGGGAAACUGGGGAUUGUUGGAUCAGCUGGCUGCUCUCCGGUGGGUGCAGGAGAACAUCGAGGCCUUUGGCGGCGAUCCACAAUCCGUCACCAUCGCUGGGGAGUCUGCGGGGGGCAUCAGUGCAUCCAUUCUGACUCUGUCGCCACACGCGAAAGGACUCUUCCACAAGGCAAUUUUUCAAAGUGGAGUGGCAACGCUGGGCGACUACACUUCUGUGAACCCUCUUCCUCAGGCCCAGGCUGUGGCUAACAUUACUGGAUGUGGCAUCGCCAGCACAGAAGAACUGGUUCAGUGCCUCAGAGGGAAAAGUCAAGACGAAUUAGUUUCUGCAACCAGAGCGCUGAGAAUGUUUCUUGGAGCCGCUGUGGAUGGGGACUUUCUUCCUGGCAGAGCUGAGGAUCUUCUACAGAGGAAAGAAGUUAUGAAUAUCCCAGUGAUGAUGGGAGUCACCAACCAUGAGUUUGGCUGGAUUUUACCUCAGAGCUUCGCUCCUCCUGGCUGGGACAAAGGCAUGACCAGGGAGUCAGUACUGGCUACCGUCCACAUAUUUAACCCUGCCGGGGUCUCUUCAGCCAACAGUCUUAUCGUGGAUGAAUAUCUGAAAGAUGCAAAGACCCCCGAGGACAUCCGAGACGCCUACACUGAAGUCAUCGGAGACCUGCUAAUGACGCUGCCUGUCGUCAAGGUGGCCGGAUACCACACAGAUGUGGGCGCUCCAGUGUACCUGUAUGAGUUUGUGUACAGCGCAAAUAUAUACAAAAGCAACAGACCGAGCUUUGUGAAGGCGGACCACGCAGAUGAAGUUGGCUUCAUGUUUGGCGGAUGCUUCUGGAACAGUCACAUCAGAAUUACAGCCAACAUCACCCAAGAGGAUGAGAAUCUUUGCAGGACCAUGAUGUCUUACUGGGCCAAUUUCAUCAAAACCGGCUCUCCCAGUGGUCCUGGCCUGGUGGACUGGCCGCAGUACGACAGGCAGAAACAGGAGUACAUGGAGCUGGGCCAAACCCAGACUGUGAAGCAGAAACUGAAGGAGGACCGGGUCCAUUUUAUCACCGUCACCCUGCCUCAGAGGCUGGAGCAGAUGGCGGCAGCAGCUGCUAAACCUUCAACCUGAGCCUCGUGCUGUUUUACUCUAGUUCAAGUUUGUAAUAUUCCUUAUUACAGCUGAUGCAUAACGCUGAUCACUGCCUGCAACAUUUGUUCCUUUUUUUUCCAGUCUUUUGAUUCAAUGUGUGUUUAACAUAAAUAUAAAGGAAAAGUCAUUUAAAUUAAUAAAAUGUUCUGGAAA